ACAGCGAGACACCGACGAGCAAACCUGGGUAGCGGAAGUGCUCCUGUGUUGUCAUCGACGAGUCGCAUGUGUGCGAAGUCUACAGUGUUUGGGAUGCAUAGAGGCGAAGGUUUAUCCUGUCCUGACAGAUAUCCGUGUGCAAGAUGACGGCCCAGGAGAUCCGUCUGUGUGGCCUCCUGCUGCAGGAGCAUUUCGGAGAGAUGGUGGAGAAAGUGGGAACUCACCUGCUCCGAAGUGGAGCACAGAACUUGAGGACCAUCGUCCAAGAAACCAACCUCUCGGUGGAUUUGGUAAAGAAGUGUCUGUGCGUGCUUGUGCAACAUGGGGCUUGUUGUUUCACCUCUGGCCGUAAAGGACCGGGCAGCCCCACAGAGUACCAGGCCUGCUGCGAUCGGAUCCUGAGAGUUCUGCGCUACCCGCGUUACAUCUACACGGCCAAAACGCUGUACGGCGACACGGGCGAGCUGAUCAUUGAGGAGCUGCUGCAGCGUGGCCACAUGACGAUGAGCAGCACGGUGAAGACAGUCGCAGACCGACUCACGCAGAACAUGGAGGAAGGCCACAGCAUGGAUUACAGCGAAGUGUCUUCCUCCUUCUCCAAACUGGUGGAGACCCAUUUUCUCCAGCGCUGCCCUCCAGUGGGAGGAGCAGGAACUUCAGGAAGCACCGCUCCUGCUGCGGCUCCUGCAGCCACUGUCAGCGUUGCCCCGCCAACCCCAGAGAGCUUUCCUGAGUGCUACAGUGUACCACAUGUUUCGCUCAUUGGACGAGGCAAACGGCAGCUUGUCCCCGAGAACGGAGAGGACCAGAGGAAUGCAAAAAGGGCUAAGAUGGACACAGAGACACACGGUGAUGAGGGAAUUUACUGGCAGGUGAAUUUUGAGCGUUUCCAUCAACACUUCAGAGACCAGGCGAUCAUCAGUGCUGUGGCCAAUAAGCUGGAUCAGACCAGCAGUGAAAUAGUGAGGACCAUCCUGAGGAUGAGUGAGGUGACCACUUCGGCCACCGCUGCCUGCACUAAGCCGCUCUCUGCCAAUGAGAUCUUCAGGUCCCUCCCAGCCAGCUACAACAUCCCCAGGCACAUUUUGGAUCAGUAUCUGACUCUGCUGGUGGACGACCCGAUGGAGUUUGUUGGGAAGACUGGAGAAAGCGGAGGAGGAAUGUUUGUUGUCAAUCUGCACAGAGCUCUUGCAAACCUGGCUCGAAACACGGUCGAGUCCAUCGUGCAGGAGAGAUUUGGGUCCCGGUCGGCUCGUAUCUUCCGCCUGUUGCUGCGGAAGAGACACCUGGAGCAGAAGCAGGUGGAGGACUUUGCCAUGAUUCCAGCAAAGGAGGCGAAAGACAUGCUGUACACGCUGCUGUCCCACAACCUGGUGCAGCUCCAGGAAAUCCCCAAAACCCCAGAUUUUGCUCCGUCUCGCACUUUUUAUCUUUACACUGUCAACCAGCUCCCAACCGCCAGGAUGCUGCUGCAGAACUGCUACAAGACUGUGGCCAACCUCAUAGAGCGACGCCUGUUUGAGACCAAAGAAAACAAGCGCCUCUUGGAGAAAUCUCAGCGAAUCGAAGCCAUCCUGGCGUCUCUGCAGGCCAGCGGGGCCGAGCCCGAGCAGCUGAGCGAAGUCGAGGAGAUGAUCUCUGCUCCCGAGAAGCAGCAGCUGGACGUCUUGAAGCUUCAUGUCAACAAGUUAGAUUCAGCAGAGAACCAAGUAGAUGAAACCGUCUUCAUCUUAGAAUCCUACGUCAGCUCCACGUCUACAUCUUGAGUCAUAAAUUGUUAGAAUUUAUUCAGAAUUUCAUUUUUAAAAACGAUUUCUUUAGUGUUUCUGUUAACUUUGGCUGAAUAUGUUGUUUUUCUUGUUUUUAUUGUGUGGAUCACAACUGAAUAAAUAUCAAAACACCUUU